GAUUCGCCGGAGUCCGGAGGAAGUUAAGCGGGAUUGGAUUUGAUGGCGGAAGAAGAGAAGCAAACUCUGGCGGAUUCUUCUCCGUCUCCUCCGACGAAAUUCUCACCGCAUUCCGAUCCUCCGCCGCUGCCUCAAUUCGAUCCCAGUCGAAUGAUUGGUAUUAUCAAAAGGAAGGCUUUGAUCAAAGAGUUAGCUGCGGCCUACCACGCUGAGUGCCUUGCACACUGCCGAGAACUUCUGGAACUUCAAAAGAAAAAGGAUGAGCCAUUUCUCGAGACAAAAUUCCCGGAAGAUUCGAGAAAAGAGAUAUCAAGACCUUCGAAACGAGCAAAGAAAACCCGCUGAGCAUCUUCCCGAAUCCAUCCACGGCUGCCUAGCAAAAUUUCGUGCCUUGAGUGUGCCAGUCACCCCAGCUGCAUACGCUACUCUUGCCUUGUUGUACCAAUCUGUAAUUAGCUUUUUCACUGAUUAACGUCCUAACCAAAUUUGGUCCAACGUUUUAAUGCCUGCAUUUUAGUAUAUCAUAAAUCCUCAGGUCUCGCUUCUA